UUUUAUUACAUAAUCCAACACUCGAUUCUUUUGCAAUUCGACGUCUGUUUUAGCGGUAAUAAAUUCUUCUAAUACUUUUUUCUUCAGUGUUCGUGUACCUACCGAUAUUGGUCCAGCAGACACCUUGCCCUUUGCAAAAGAAAGAAAUUACGGGUUUCUACACAUAAAUGUCCAAUUACCGAGGAAACUACAGGUCUAGAAAACGUUAUAGAGAUGAUGACGAACACAGUUAUCGUCCAUCUCGCAAUGGUCCCGGCCAGGGCAUGAUCGCCCGUAUAAAAAAAGACAUAACAUACUUGGUUGAUCCUCGAAGCAGUUCUUCUCCUUCAGAGGACAUGAAUUAUGUCGCAACGGAAGUUGCACGCGAAUCUCAGGAUGAAAUUCAUCUUCCCCAGGUGAUUGACAGCUUGUUUGCUUGUGCGCUUCAACUCCCUGUUAAAAUACCCUUUUUAGCUACCAUGCUUAUGCUGGCGAGUACGAAAAACCAUAACCUUCUUAAGGUUGCCGUUGAAACAUGCAGCACUCGUCUUCAAGAAAGUCUUCUUGCUUUUAAAUUUUACGAAGCAAAAAUAUACCUUCGUUUGUUAACGUGUCUUACUCGGGUACUUACUGAAGAAAAAAUUGGCGAGUUACUUGGCAAAAUUGUCGAAGCAUUUGAAACUCAAUCAUGCUCCGUAUAUGCUGAUGAACUUGCCUAUCUGGUGCUUUUAACUUUACCCUACUUUAUUGUAGCCAGUUUUAGCCCAAAAGUGAAAGAAACCUGUUCGUCGAUCAUUGAUCGUUGUUCCACUUAUUUGAAUUCACGAUCAGUGGAUGUGAAUGACAUGAAUCCAUUUUUGAAUUCCACUUACAAUAUCCAAGACAAACUCUCUUUGCUCUACUCGCAAAUCACUAAAUUAAAGGAAAAUGAUUUCACUGUCUCGAUUUUACCUACUCCAUGGGAUUCGUUUGAGUCCGAAUUAUCUAGCAUUGAGUCAGUCUCGUUUGAGCUUCCCACCCUUCCAGAGGAAAUUCCUGAUGACAAAAAAGCUGCACCAAAAGGCAAGCCUUUCAUUGAACUUCUCUUUUCUCAGCCUGUCCGUACCACUCCCGAACUUUCGAACAUUGCUUCAACCAUUUUGCGCGACAAUGCCUCUGAUGUAUUAAAUCAGCUUGAAUUCAAUCGCACUGAAGCUGCCCGGGUACUCACUGACUUUGAUGUUUACUUUGCGUACAAGUCGUUCGCUCUGCGCGGAACACCGAUAGCUGAAUUAGAGAAGGCUUCACCCUCAGAACCUACUUGGAAAGCCGAGGACGUUAUUGCCGAGAGUGUUUUUGCGGAACUCUUCUCUCUGGCAUCCCCUCGUUAUAAACCUGUUUACUAUCACUCUGUUUUGACGGAAUGCUGCCGAACUGCCCCGCGCAUCAUGGCUCCUACUUUUGGCCGGAUCAUCCGGUUCAUGUAUUCUAUGAGCGAGAACCUCGCUUUGGAACCCCAAUAUCGUUUUAUUGAUUGGGUUUCUCACCAUCUAAGCAAUUUUGGUUUCCAAUGGAAAUGGCAAGAGUGGGUGGAAGACGUUGAUUUGGAGGAACUUCACCCAAAAAAGGUUGUCAUGCGUGAAAUGAUUCGCCGCGAGGUGGAUCUCAGUUAUUGGGGUCGCAUUCGUGACUCUGUUGCUGAGCCUAUGUAUGGUUUUCUGACAGAAAAAGCACCUGAACCCUAUUUCCCAUACGGCGCUGAAGACCAUCCUAUGAACGUUACGUCGCACAAAAUAACCAAUCAAUUGACGAUGCGUGAGCCUAUUGCUUCCAUAGAAGCCGAGCUGUCAUCCUUUAGUCAAGAAGAAGCUCUUCGACUGUUUUUCAGCUGCGUAUUUCACAUGGGCUCCAAGUCUUUCUCUCACAUGCUGAACGUUUUUGAGAAACACAUUGACGUUAUUAAACACUUUUCCCGUGCUUCCUCCGAUUCUGAGUAUAUUGUUGUGUCCUCAUUAUUCGAGUACUGGAAGUUUCAGCCGACGAUUGCAGUGACUUGGGCCGACAAACUUCUCAACUACUCCAUUGUUGGCGCUACUGCCAUCAUUCAAUGGCUCACCAAGCAAGAUGAUAUCCGACUUUGGUCCCGUAUUUACGUAUGGGAUCUAUUAACAACGACGUUGAAUAAAUUGGAUGCUCGUGUCAAACAGUUUGACAACUCUGAAGCUACAGAAGGUACGGAAGAGAAUGUUCUUAAGGAAGAAUCUACUACAGAAAGACGUGCUGUGUACGAGCUUCUUCGGACACGACUUCCGGAACUUGCUCAAUCAGCUUCUCUGCCCUGGUCGGCGCAUUAUGUACAGCUCGUUCAGGCUUACCUUGAACGGCAUUAUCCUCUCAUGGUGCAAAUGGAUGAUGACUAAAUGAAGAGUUUCAUGCAAUUCAAAACUACAGCUGUGACCAAUCACUCGUCACUCGUAAACUAUGUGUAUAAUCUACAGCUUGCGUUGUAUUAGGCACCAACCGGUACAAUGAAUCAAAACCCGAGAGCAGACAAAUAGAGAGGAUUUGUGAAGUGCGAUA